AUGACACGACCCGUGCCACGAAGACACGAUUGGAACCCAGCGGACUCUGACCUCUAUGAGCGGCAGGAGGCAGCGCUUUCCCGUUGGGCAGAGGAGCUCAGGGGAAAACAGCGGCUCUUCGUGGAGAGAGAGCACGUCUUCGAGGGGACUCGCCUGGCUCUGGGCGGGCCUCGGAGACGCUGCAUUCCCCCACCUGCUGCCUCACCUGCACCGGAGCAUUUGCCACAGACAGUGGGCGCUUCACGCCGUGCUUCAGCCGCUCCCUCUCUCGCCGCUCCGCUCCUCGCUAACACACCUGCCACACAUUCGCCGGACCUCCAACCUCGCCACGGCACAGCAGCUACGCCUCCCACCUCGGCUCAACGGAGGCUACCGCGCCAGAGGCUCAUCUGUUUACCCCGGCCGCUUCCUCUUCCCGGAGAAAGCGGCGCACACGCCGCCAUAAUAUGGACCAUUUUGAUCAACUCCCGGCGAAAGGCCAGAGCAACCUCUGAUAAAUCUGUUACCAUCCCUGUGUAUGCAAACCCUAAGCCUGGUCACUCUAGCACUGUUUUAUCUGAGUCUGCUCCUUCGUCCACCUGUCAACCUGUUCCGGUUUCAUCAGCUCAGGCCACUGUUAAAAAUACCCAGUCACCUAAACCUGACAGUAUCACUCUCCCAGUCAGUAUUUCCACUUCCAUCAGUCAGCCUACACCCACACCUGUGCCAGCUCCCAGGACGAGGGCAGCUGUGACCCAGUAUACCUCCACACCCGCUCCUGUUUCUCGGGUGGGGGUGACUGGUGUCCAGCCACCCCCUGUGCCUGUCCCAGCGCCUAGGCUGAGGGCAGCCAGAAUCCAACCCGACCAUCCCAGAGGCCCAGCCGAGGCUCUCCAGCCAGUGCCCUCAUGCUCUGGAGGCUCGGAAGAGCUAGCCUGCUUACCCAUCAGUCCACCACUUCAUCCACCUCCUGAUCCAGCCUUUCACGCCCUCGCACUAUCCCUGGUUAGGCUAGCUGAGGUGUCCCCUGCUCAGGGACCAGCUUUACUGGCCCAGGCUGUAGCUUUAUCCCCUUCAGUAAUUCAGUCUUUAGCUCAGCCAUUAGCCACACCAACUCCAGCACAGCCGGUAGCCUCACCAACCUCUCUUCAUCCAGUAGCCUCUCCAGCCCAGUCAGUUCCCUCACCUGCUGUUCAGCCUCCAGCCCAGUCAGUUCCCUCGUCUGCUGUUCAGCUUCCACUCCAGUCAGUUUACUCGCCUGCUGUUCAGCUUCCACUCCAGUCAGUUCACUUGCCUGCUGUUCAGCUUCCACUCCAGUCAGUUCACUCGCCUGCUGUUCAGCUUCCACUCCAGUCAGUUCACUCGUCUGCUGUUCAGCUUCCACUCCAGUCAGUUAAUUCGCUUGCCGUUCAGCCUCCAGCCCAGUCUCCUGUAUCUCACUCACCUGCUCUCCAGCCUGCUCCAGUCCAGUCAGUCCAGCCUGCUCCAGUCCAUCUCGUCCUCUCCAGUCUUUUCCUGUUCCCCAGUCGCCCGUCCUCCAGCCUGUCCAGUCUGUCGCCCAGCCUUCUGUCGCCCAGCCUUCUGUAG